AUGGCCGGAAACCACGAUGUCGCAGAGCCUUCCACGAAGCGCCGCAAAACGAAUCCAGUACCGGUCAGCCUCGCACUUGAUAUAGGAACCAGUGGCACCAGGGCGUCUAUUACGUGGAGUAAUAAAACUAGGAAUGUACCAAUGGGCUACAGAACCGAUCACGACGGCAAAUCGGCGCCAUAUUACUCGUUCUCCACGGCCAUGAUAUCCACGCCGGAUGGCUUGGAACUCGCGGGGCUUCGCCCAAUUUCUGAAUACGGAGAGGAGCAUUACGGGCUCAAGGAAUCGUUGGAUGACAGAUUGUGCAGUGAGGGAGGACCUGGUAAAGACUUCCGGGAUUUUUGCGCCAAGCGCGGAACCGACCAUUGGAAGGCUCUCCGUCUACUUCUACGAGACCGGUGGCGCUACAUAAACAAUCAGAUUCGGAAGAUGCUUGUAAAUGUCGAAUUUGAAAUAACGGAGGUGGUGUUCACCGUACCCGCGGCUCAAGCUUCCGACGACCUUUUGGAAGGUGAGACAUUCGGAAGGGACAUACAAGCGGGGAUGACGCGGUGCGCCAUCGAGGCAGGAAUUCCAGAAAAUGUAAUCGCGCCUUUUCGAACGGAACCCGAGGCAAUCGCAUCCUACGUGGCGUCUCGUGAUGCAAAGCCGGUUAAAAGCAGGCGAAGAAAAAACCCGCAAUAUGACGAACCUCGUAUAGAAAUUGUAUUGGACAUGGGCGCUGGAACUACGGACGUAGCUACCUAUCUUGUCUUCGAAGGACGUGCAAUUCUGCUUAGGAAACCUGAUGGCCGCAGCGUUGGCAUAGGCAGAUUGUGGCAUCUAUGGGAGCGGGAGUGCCAGAGUUGGGUGACUGACGCGAACCCAUGGAAAGAUAUUUCUCGCGACUUAAGAUACCAUGUCCAUGAAAUGCCUGAAGGCUGUAGCGACUUCAAGCGAGGUGACAAGACGAUUCGGGCGAGCGACUUCCAAAACGACCUUAACGACUGCUGUGACGAAGCGCUCAAGCUGUUGGAGACCGAACUCUGGUCCGUUGAUGAAGCAAAGACUGACAGACUGAGGACUGUAAGACUUCAUGGUGCUGCACUGUCGAAUCCUCAUAUUAAAUCUUAUUUCCUGAAGAGCCUUGACAGCAUCUGCAUCAGGAUGAGAGAAGGAGGUCGCAAAGCCGAGUUCGAGGUGGACAUCCUCGACCGGAAGGAAGAUGAGGACGAAAUGAAUGACGGCGGAUAUUUUGUAGAGACAUGCCAAAGCGAAGACCAACUUUGCAAAUCGAGCAUGAGACGGGGGAAAGCAGUCUUCUCAAAGAAUCCUUUGCCAGGGUUUAGAAGGGCAGUCGUUGGCGUCAUGACGACGCUGCCUGUGCGUUCCGAUGCUCCUAUCGUUGUUGGGGAGGCACCGUUACAGAAGGCCGUCCUAGAGUUGAAGGCCCCUGGUAAACUCGAGGUAGAGUCCGGAUACGAGCAGAUGACCGUGGCGACUGAGCCAGACGAUUUCUGGAUAGAGCUACAAGAGCUCCUGCACCUGGAUAAGCCGCUUGAAGGCAAGGUUAGCGACAACACGGGACGUCCGUACUGGUCAGACGAGUACGCCAUGCCCAUGGGUCCCCAAAAGUUCGACCUGACAGGGCUCAGGUCCACAGGCGACAAGGUUUGGGUGAAGUUAAUACGCGAAGCGUCGACUCUGUAUAUCCUUGAAGUCAAUUGUGGGGAUGAGAACCCGCGUGAUGAGAAGGCAGCGGAUGGACAAGCGAUCCGGAGGCGAUUGAAACUUUGCAAAGAUGGAGAGAUGGAGAUUUUCGACGUUGCAAGUGAUGAAGACAAAGCCGAUGAACAUACAAACGUAUCAAGACCCGUCAAUGGGCAGGGGACGAGGUCUGACGGUUUGGAUAAAGCCAUGUGGAAUGGUCGGGCGGGUUCGACGCGCUAUCCUUUGCGAUCAAAAGGCGCCACUGACGUCUUGUCAGGACAACAGCAAACGGCCCCUGAAGCCGGCUCACCAGUUCUAGGGAUUGAUGCUCAACAACUAUUGCCCAUCGGCAAAAUGGUCAGCCAGAGUGAACAACUCAACCAUGAUCCGUACGGAGUCCCCUCAGACGGCGAGCAAGCGGUCCCUCGUACUCCAGCAGCCCCUCCAGCAGCCCGUACUCCUCUACCUUUACGAAAGCCGGCUCUCACGGCGCCACCAACAGAGGUCCUUCGUACCCCGUCACCUCCAAAAAGUACGGCUCGUACAUUUACAAAAAAGAUCAGCGUUCUUCAUCUGCUUGGCCCAAGCACAUAG